AUGAACUGGAUUGAAUGGAGGCCUCAGGAGAACAUUUUGAUUUCUAUAAAGGAGGUUUUGCAAGAGGCUCUGAUCCCAGACAGUGAAAUACAGAAAAACGUUCAGGAUAAACUAACCAUAAUUCAAAAUUUGACAGAUUUUGACUAUUAUUUACUAUUCAUACUAAGAAAUGAAAAUUAUUCAGAGGAGGUGAGAUCUCUUAGUGGAAUUUUAUUGAAAAACAACAUUUCCCAUGUAACACCUGAAAACAUUAUCAAACUACGUGAAGAAUGCUUAAAUUUACUAAAAGAUUCAUGCAGAGAGGUUCGACAAAGCAUAUCAAACAUAAUCAUAAUGAUAGCAAAAGACAGACUAAAAACAUGGCCAGAAUUGGUCACACACCUCCUGAAAAUGUUCAUGUGCCAAGAUGAAUUCAGCGAAAUAGCUUUAACAACUCUAUUUCGAAUCUGUGAGGACCUCAUAGCCAGUCAAAAACCACAAGAAGAAAUAUUCAGCCUUACCAAAGAAGUAUUUCCAAAAUUCACCAGUUUCAUCGGGGAAGAAAACUGCAACAUCCAGCAGGAAAUCAUCAAACUUACCAAUCAAUUCCUGCAGGACUACUUCCAAAUUAUGAGACAAUCAAUUGAUUUAAAUCAGUAUCUCAGAUGUGUGAUCAAUUUGGCAAAUACUAAUGAUAUUGAGCUGCAAAAACAUGUGUGCCACACAUUUGUGAUAUACGUUGAUAAUCAGGAGGAAUCAGUGUUGCCGUAUUUCCAUGAUGUGAUUCUGUAUUUAAUGGAUAAAUCGCAGAGUGAAGAUCAGGAGUUGGCCUUACAAGCAUGUGAGUUUUGGCUUGCUACAACUAAAUUGAAUAGUUGUAAGGAGAUUUUGACGCCUUACAUUGAAAAAUUACUUCCCAUCUUACUGAAGAACAUGAAGUAUUCAAAGUAUGAGUUGAACAUCAUCAAGGAUAGUUUGGGGCAGGAUUCUAGCAAUCAGGAUUUAGCCAAGGACAUAACUCCGUUUCACUUUCGAGAUAAAAACUCUCAUCAAGACGAUUCUGACGACGAUACUGAGGAGCAAAGCGACGAUUUUGACGAUUUUUACAUCGGUUGGACCUUACGUAAAUGUAGCGCGGCUUCUCUCGAUUCGCUCGCGGUAAAAUUCGGCGACGAUCUGCUCACAAUUUUAAUCCCAUUCCUAAACGAAAUUUUGAACCACCAGGACUAUCUCAUAAAAGAAUCCGCGAUAUUGGCACUGGGCGCCAUCGCCGAGGGGUGUAUUAACGGUCUUAAACCACACUUACCUUACUUAGUACAGUUCCUAAUUUCUUCGAUGAACGAAGAUCAAUCGGUUGUGCGUGUUAUAACAUGUUGGACUUUAAGCCGCUAUGUAAACUGGAUUGUUAACUCCGAAUCAUCACCGCAAGUUUAUUUUCUACCUUUGAUGACGAUACUGUUAAAACACUUCACUGAUGAUAACAAACGCGUACAGAGAGCUGCUUUAUCGGCUUUCUGUAUAUUCGAGGAGGAAGCCCAACUUAAAUUAAUACCAUAUAUCGAUUAUAUUCUUGAAGGGUUUCAUUUAGGCUUCCAGAAGUUCCACUACAGAAGUUUGUACUUACUAUACGAUGCCAUAGGUGUUUUGGCUCAGUCGGUGGGAAAUUUUUUGAGCAAAGAGGAGUAUGUAACCAAACUAAUGCCACCGUUAAUGCGAAAAUUCACCGAGUGCGAGAAUUAUUGUGAUGAUCAUUUUAUAGCUGUAUUAGAAUGUCUUUCCAAUCUAAUUCCAGCACUGGAAACAUCAUUUUUACCGUACUCCGAAGUCGUAUACUGUCAUUGUUUACAAUUAAUCAACGAUACCUUAAUGGCUUCUGUUAACUAUCAAGAGCACCCAACUGAGUGCGAUCCUCCUGAUAAAGAGCCCAUGAAUGUUGCCCAUGAUGUUCUCUAUAGCAUGGCAAUGGGGUUAAAAAGUCAUUUCAUUAAAUACGUAACGAAUAGCAAUUUAAUUUGUCUGCUCUAUACUACAAUGCAAGAUGGUUCCAAUCUAAUACGACAAACUUCUAUAGCUUUAUAUGGCGAGUUGGUAAUGUUAUGUUUUCCAUUCCUUGCCACAAAUAUAAGUGAUUAUAUUCCACUAAUAGUAAAAAAUCUUGAUGAACAUUGCGAUGGUGUUUGUAAUAACGCAGCAUGGGUUAUAGGGAAGUUAUGUGGGGUUAUGGGCAGUAAUAUUAAACCAUAUUUAACCGACAUUCUAGCGGCUUUUAUUCAUAUCUUAAAAAGCCCAGCCAUACACCGAACCAUGCACAAGACUGUUGCGAUUUCUUUAUGUACUGUUUUUUAUGUUUGUCCUGAAGUAAAUGUACCUGAUAUGGAUGUCGUGAUAAAAAGUUGUUGUAUGUUGAUUAGGAAUGUAAGGGAUUCGGAGGAAAAAGAUUUGGCUUUCAGAGGGUUGUGCGAGGUUGUAUCGAGAAAUUCUGAAUUCAGAAAAACUACCUUUAUAUACUUUUGCGACGCUGUGGCGUCGUGGAACAAUCCUAAGAUAGACUUAUCGCAAAUAAUCCAGAGCGUCUUAAAAGCCACCAAGGAGCAGUACGGAGAGGAAAAAUGGGGGUUGUUUUACUCCCAAUUUCCGGAACCUCUCAAGUCCAAACUACUAAAUCUCUACGGGGUUUGA